AUGAGGAUAAUCGACCCCCAAAGCGCAACUCUCUCCAACAUCGAAGUCCUAGCACACAUAACCUCCCACCCCCCCCGGCGCCCACCCAAUCCACCCCCCAACACAAACCCCCGAAACUUCACCCCCAGUCCAGACCUCCGCGACCACAAUACCGUCAUCAAGGAAAUCCACAACUACGUCUCCCGCCUCUCCCCGCACCUCCUGAGCUAUCCGCAAUAUGUGCAUGAGGAGGAGAUGAAGAGAUUGGAGGAGAUGGAGGCGUUGGUGCAGGGGCCGCGGCAGGGGCAAGUUGUUGUUGGUAAGGGGGGAAGGGAUUUGGGGCCUACGGAGAUGGAUAAGAGGCUUGGGGGGUUAGUUAAGGGGUUGAAGCCGUUUGGGUUGACGAAGGGGGAGGUUCUUGUGAUUUUGAAUUUGGGGGUUGGGUUUUUGCAGGCUGCUGAUGGUGGUGAGGGGCAGGGUGAGGGUGAGGGUGAGGAGCAAAUGGAGGUUGAUCAGGGACAGGGCGAGGUUAAUGGGGAGGUAGAGGGUGAGGGGCAGGAGGAAGGCGAGGGGGAACUCCCGGCUGAGGAUUAUGGUGCGUUGGCGCUUUUGGAUACGGUUAUUGAGGAGAGGGAGGAGAGGUUGUCGAAUGAGGAUGUUGCGCAGGUUUUGGCGGUUAUUCGGGAGGCUUUGGGGCCAGGGAGCUCGUGA